AUGUCGAGCAAAAAGGCUAAGGGAAAGACCACGAAGAAGCGCCCUCAGCGCGCCACCUCCAAUGUCUUCGCCAUGUUUGACCAGUCUCAGAUUCAGGAAUUCAAGGAGGCCUUCAACAUGAUCGACCAGAACCGUGAUGGUUUUGUUGACAAAGAGGAUCUUCAUGAUAUGCUUGCCUCACUCGGGAAAAAUCCUACUGAUGAAUACCUGGAGGCCAUGAUGAAUGAAGCUCCUGGACCCAUUAACUUCACAAUGUUCCUCACAAUGUUUGGAGAGAAGCUCAAUGGCACAGACCCUGAGGAUGUGAUCAGAAAUGCCUUUGCUUGCUUUGAUGAGGAGGGGACAGGUUUCAUCCAGGAAGAUUACCUCAGAGAGCUGCUCACAACAAUGGGUGACCGGUUUACAGAUGAGGAGGUGGAUGAGCUUUUCAGGGAGGCCCCAUCGACAAGAAGAGUAACUUCAACUAUGUGGAGUUCACACGCAUCCUAAAGCACGGUGCCAAGGAUAAGGACGAUUAAAGAGCUAAACCAUCAUCUUCCUCUCCACCCCUCUUCCUCUUCCAUCAGCUAGAUGCCAGUGCUGCAUGUCUCGACUCUCCAGUAUGAACCCCAUUUAAAACAAACCAAAGCAAUAAAUAUCCACUGUUUGCUGUGACCUCCAGU